CGAAGACAGUACGUUGCAUGCACGUGAGGAGCCCAGGUAGCACGUGUCUACCCCCGGUGGGUGGGAUUCGAGGCGGCAGAGAAAUUUAAGCGAGCGCUGUAGGAGCAGUGCAAAGCGUGCUGUGGAUGGGAAAAGCGAAGCAGAGAGAGAAGCGAUGAACUAUUCAGCUUUUUUACUUGGCGGACGAGGGAAGAAGACAGACGCCGCUGCGUUAACGUAUUCUGAUGCGGUAUAUAAUAAUGACGUUACGUCGCUGCUAAAAGGACUCUGUGGCUGUGUGUGUGUGUGAGAGAGAGAGAGAGAGGCGCGGUGGAGACGCCAAAGCUUUCGCAUCUUUUCUGGGCUUCACUGCUCUGCUCCACGGUCACGGAGUCUACCUUUCUUCGACUCAUCACCUGGUCUGCUUUCCCUCCUCUUUUUCCUUCUCUUGAAGAGAGAAAAGGAACGGACUUUGUGGAGAAGUUGAGAGGAAGUGAAGUCUGCAGAUUGUAGUUUUAUUUUGAGAUAAAGAGUUAGAAAAUAGCAGGAGAGAAGGAGGUGGAUGGCGGAGCUUGUUUGCAGGAGGCGCUGGUUGUUGUGGUUGUUGGUGCUGGCGGCCGCGGCUGUCCAUUUACCGUCCGCCGUUGCCGUGAGCGGUCGCCCGGCUGCGAGGCAGAGGCUGGAGGUGCAGAGACAUCUAAAGAGGCUCAACAAGAAGGCCGUUAUGAGCAUCAAGAGUCCUGAUGGAGAUAUGAUAGACUGUGUGCACAUCUCUCACCAACCAGCCUUUGAUCAUCCUUUCCUCAAGAACCACACUAUCCAGACCAAGCCAGCUUUCUACCCAGACGGCCUACUGUUUGAUGAGAGCAAGACUACAUCAGAGAACAAGAGCCCCUCCAUGGCUCAGUUAUGGCAUCAGAAUGGGAGGUGCCCUCAGAACACCAUCCCCAUCAGAAGGACAAGGAAGGAUGAUCUGCUGAGGGCCAGCUCCGUUAAACGAUAUGGCAAGAAAAAACACAGGAGCCUCCCAAAUCCAAUGUCAGUUGACCCUGACCUUCUCAAUGAGAGUGGCCAUCAGCAUGCGAUUGCUUAUGUAGAGGGGGAUUCCUAUUAUGGAGCGAAGGCGACCAUAAAUGUGUGGGAGCCAAAGAUUGAGCAGCCCAACGAGUUCAGUUUGUCUCAGCUCUGGAUUCUGGGCGGCUCCUUUGGGGAGGACCUCAAUAGCAUUGAAGCUGGUUGGCAGGUUAGCCCAGACUUGUAUGGGGAUAACAACUCAAGGCUGUUUACUUACUGGACUAGUGACUCUUAUCAAGCAACAGGCUGCUACAACUUGCUCUGCUCUGGGUUCAUUCAAAUUAGCAGUGAGAUUGCAAUGGGCGCGACAAUCUCUCCGUUAUCCAAAUAUAGAGGUUCCCAAUAUGAUGUUAGUAUACUUGUUUGGAAGGAUCCAAAAGAAGGGCAUUGGUGGAUGCAGUUCGGGAACGACUACGUGCUUGGCUACUGGCCGUCGUUCCUCUUCUCGUACCUAGCAGACAGUGCGUCCAUGAUCGAAUGGGGAGGUGAAGUAGUGAACUCGGAGCCGGAUGGCGAGCAUACCUCCACUGCAAUGGGCAGUGGUCAUUUCCCUGAAGAAGGAUUCAGCAAGUCGAGCUACUUCAGGAACAUUCAAGUUGUCGACGAAUCAAAUAGCCUGAAGGAUCCUCGAGGAAUCAGCACAUUCACUGAGCAGUCCAACUGUUACGAUGUGCAGACGGGCAACAGCAAUCGAUGGGGGCACUUCUUCUACUACGGUGGUCCUGGAAAAAAUUCCAAUUGCCCAUAAAAACCACUGAAUUCCCUCUGUACAUUUAGGCAUUCUAUAGUAUUGGUUUUGCCAUCCUUUGUGGUUUUAGCCGUUUCUCAGUGGAAGAGCUCAGAGAGUUGGAAAAAAAAAAAUUCGGGUUUCUCUAAGAGAAAUUGCCCUGUUUUAGGGUAUCGCUCUUGUAACUCUUUCUUCUGAAUCAUUUGUCCAGUUUUAUCAUGGUAGCGAAUGAGGUAGUUUCUGCUUAAUCUUUUGA